GGCUAUAGGUAGCGUUAGCUGAAUAUAGACGAAGACUUCGCUCGUAGCAAUCUAGGAAAAUCAAGCGCCUUUUUGGUGGCUAAAACGGCAUUUUCAGGAUAYAAUUCAGAUAGUUUCAUUUCACUUGUCGAGCGCACAAUGGCCUAUAGCUUUAGAAUGAGACGAGCAUUUCUGGUUUUAUUGAUAUCAAGUCUGGCACUUUUUGUGUUUACUUAUUACUUUACAAAUGUCGAAAUAGUAUUUCUGAGUUUCCGCAGACCAGGUUUAUAUCCCGAUCUGUAUCCCUGUCAUUACACAAACUUGCGACCAAGGUACUUUGUUCACGAACGCAAACAAUACACAUCGUGUCAACGACGCGUAAUCAAUACAUCCUCUUGUCACUACGCGAAUAAGUACUUUGGUAGUCCCCAAGAACCUCUUCCUGUCAGGACUUGUCCUGAACCACCAAAAAAAGACAUUUGCACAUUCGAGAAAGCAAAAGCUCUGACAUUAGUUUGUAAUCCAGAAAAUUGUGGAACAAAUGAAAUAUUGAUGGGCGAUAGAGAUCAACGUUACGGUCACAUUCAACAAUGGACGAAAAUAUCGCCGUUUACAACAAACAAAGCUGUAAAGUUUGUCAAAACAGCUUUGACGAAAGGAGAAACAUUCUGUUUUAUAAGAUGUGGGAGUCUUAUUCAAGCUCUGGUUUUCCCGCCUCAUCUUUGUAUGAAAAAGGUCAAAACGUCUUCAAGAAAUAUCAGCAAAUCUUCUAGUGUCAAUAUAAAUAUUAUUUUGUUAGAUUCUAUGUCAAGAACUCACUUUUACAGAAUGCUUCGUCAAUCUGUCCAUGCGCUUAGAAAUAUCAUGCAAGACACACGUGCCACAGUACUGGACUUUGAACUUUUCCAAAGCAUUAGUACGCACACAUUUGAGAAUGUCCGUGCGAUGUUCUCUGGUGUUGUUGAAGAUAGAAACGACAACAGUGGCGCGUCAAAGGCUUCCUCUGAGAUCGGGCAUCGCGUGCUGUACAAGCAUUUCAAGUCACGUGGAUACCAAACUAUCUUCCAAGAGGAUUUAUGUUGGUAUGACCGCUGGGGAACUGUUCUUGACAAUAUAAGAAUGAAAGGUUCAUCAAAACCUUCUUCCGAAAGAUGGAACAUUUUCAAGAAGAUUGUCAGCAAUCAUCAAGUUGAUAACUUUGGGUUGACCUUUUUUUCUUGUGAAGUUUUAAAACUGUACAACGAGACGAACCACUUCGAGAACCCUGAUAAGGUUUGUCUCAAUGGACGGUUUUUCAGUUCAUAUUUUCUUCGAUACCUUGAAGACUUGACCAGUGCCGUAAGGAUGUCCCAUGAUGCACCGCCGUAUGUCUCAUACACUCACUUCAACACUGGACAUACUCAUUCAGGCACAAGAAUCCGCAACAUGGACCAGGCCCUUGCUCAUUUUAUUGGCACAGUUGGAAGAGAUCCGUGGACAUGGACAAUUCUACUCGCCGACCACGGACAUAAAGUAACAAAGUAUGCCCUCUAUACUGAAGAUGGACAGUACGAAGCCACUAACCCACUCUUGUUCAUGAUUGUGCCACAGAAUGUCGCCCAGGAAUUUGGUAAAACAAGCAUGAAAGCCUUAGAACAGAGCCAGACUCGUCUAAUAACAGCGCUUGAUCUCCACCAUACAUUAAUGACGUUCCACGAUGUUAACAAAACUGGCCUGCUGGAAGGAAAUGGAAAGGCUGACCGUAUGUGCAGGGAUGUGCCGUUAAUGCCGUUGGCGAAAUGUCAAUGUUAUGAAAAAGAGGCUAAGUACGAGGACAACUCACCGAAGUACUUAUGGAUGGCUGAGUUUGCAGUGGGACAACUUAAUAAUGAAAUACAGAAACAGUUUUAUAAAGGAGCGUCUUCAGGAAGAAACAGCAACUGCAAGCGUUUGAUUGGCAGCUCGUUCAGGAAUAUUAUUCAGACAGGAUCUCAGACGACUUUUGACCUUCACCUUAAUGCAAGUCACGUGGGAAUCACCCAAGAUGAGGUCAUUAAAGUUGCCGUGGAAACUUCAGAUAUAAAAGGCGCAAGACUGCAGUCUUUUGAGCGAAUAACAAUGUACAAUAAAUUCAAAGGUUGUGCGGACAAGUCAGUCGAUAUCAAGCUCUGUGUAUGUGAUCGAAGACCUGGCAAUUCAACACAGACUUUAAUUCAAAGAAUGAAAACUAGGAUAUUCAAUUCAAAUCGAGUUAAAAUCGAAAAUUUAUACAAGAACUGUUUAUUUAAAGUAACACGUAGUUAUUCAGAUAUUACUUUCGCAAUUGAAUUGUUCAAUAACUGCUCUAGACAGACAUUCCACGUUGAAGUGAAAGGCUAUACAGAGCAAGUGUUCAGUUCCAGCUCCCUACCAUACACGGUCGUGUUGAAGCCGAUGGUAACUCGAUUCCUUUACUCUGCUACGACGCAAGCGACUGAUAAUUAUAUGAAUAUAAAAUUGAAAGUUAUUCCUAAAUGAAAGUUUUUAAGCGUUG